AUUCUCAAAUAGCAGUAGCAACAACUUAUUUUUUGUGUUACACUUUGAACUUUAGUUUUUUUUUGGAUAAAAAUGGAGGGGGACGAGUCAUAUUCGGACGACGACGAUUUCGUCACUACACAGAAGAGGACAAGGCGGAGGUCGACACAAAAAGUGGUUGAAAAAAACGCUACAUCCACCAAGACUGGUACACCUCAUCCUAGCAAACAUUUGGUCGUGGAGACUACGAGAGCCGAGAACUGUGACGAAGGGGAUUUAAAUCCCCGUGGUACGAAGGAUACAGAGAAGAGAAAGUCGGAAACCGCUACAAGUCUUGCCCGUAAAGACCAGACUUUCCAACCCGUCCCGUGGUCAUACAUUCUUGAUGAGGAGAUGGAAGUGAAGGUGGAAGAGAGGCGACUAAGGGAUGGCAGGGGGAUUAUUCGUAGAGAUGUGGAAUUGUCUGAAGAGUUCCAAAUAAAGUAUACAGGUUCGUCAGAUACGAAAAUUGGCAAAACGGUCAAAGGUGAAGGGGUCGAUCUAAUCAAGACGACGAUUCUGCGGUUAGUUGGAUUAGCGCAGACUGAAACCAACUCGCCUGACCUCGAUAUUUUUGAAGCGUCCCCAGAACUAGUUUCGACCCAAGAGGAACAGGGAUUGACUGCUGGACAGAGGGAGAUUCUCCGCAGAGGAGGUCGUGUUGACGUUGUAGACAAGCCGGGAUGGUUUUUAAUUAUUCACAAGGCCCCCACCACCGGAUUAAUUCAUUUGUGUUUGGAAACACCAAGAAAAAUCAAAGGAAAAUGGGCCUAUGGAGCUUUAAGGCUUUGUACGAAGCCAAAAUGUUACCAGUACAAUUCAACUCUUUCAAAUGAUGUGUUUCCCAAAUGUUCUCAACAUCAACCCUAUUCCUUUUACACCGUGGUGAAAGUGACUGAUUACAAUCGAAGGGACGUGUUGGUGUUUCAACACAUGAAGUGUACACUCUCUGUAGCGCCUAAUGCAUCCAAUCAGAAGAAAGAUGAGGAGAGCGAAUUAUAUAUAAAUCAAUCUUGUUCCUCUUAUACGGGGUGGAAAAAGUAUUGUGCUACAAAGGGCCUGAAAAUUCCACCAAUGCCAAAAAUCAUAUCUAGUCACCACUUUGACAAGGAAGAGGAGGCUCUAAAGAUGCUGUCAUUUGAAUCGACCAUCGGUAUGUUUAUGAAACUCGGCUCCGGAUCUCAACCCAUUAUCAAUUUGGAUGAAUUCACCCCAUUGUGUUACGGAAUGGAGAAUGAGAUCGAUGAGCGACUAAAGGAGUUGGGGAUGGAGCUCAAGAUUCGUCGUCAUUUGUCCAAAGAAGAGAGGGCGGAGAUCAAGUACCCGUUUCUUGGGGAAUAUUUAUUUGGAACAGCAGCAGCAGCAUUACAAAAGCCUGAGAAAGGGAAAACUUUUUUGUAUACCAUCAUGAGUCGGAAUAUGUGGUAUUUUGGGUUGUCUGAUACCCCCGAUUUCAAGGGCCGCUUAGAGGUAAGAGGGGGGACUGAUGGUGCUAGAGAGUACAAACGUAUAACAGAAAAGAGACAGAAGGAUAGGGAGAUAGAAAUAGAAGGAUUGAAACAGAGAAAUAGAGAGUUAGGUAGAGCAGAGGAGUUAUGUGUCUAUCCACCCCCACUUAAGGCUCCCACCAUGACCCCCUACCUUAUCGCCAAGUGUGAGGAUGAAGAUAAGAAGAAAAUCAAGACCAAGACCAUAGAAGCAAAAAUGAUAAUUGCUGGAUAUGUUGCAUAUUUGUUGGGAUUGCGUAAUCCUAUUCGUCCUAAUUCUGAUGUAGGUUACUCAACUAAUAAGUGUGUUUGUUUAAGUUUAGUUGAUUCUACUUCAUGGGGCGAGAUUUGUGAAUUUGUCAAGUUGUUCUGGGGAUUUGAACCAAUGUUGGCGAAGUAUGAGAUAAGUUAAAGUAUGCUGAGAUUUUUUGUAAAAUACAUACAUAAAUUAAAUAAAUUAAAUACGUUUUACCUGUC